UCAAAGUCUGUGAGACAUCACGGUUUUGGAGAGAGAUCAUCUUUCAUAAGUUUUCCUCGCAAGCUCCUCCCUGGUUCCUGCUGUUGCACCCCAUGACAUUAUAUAUCGACUCUUCAAAUAUGGAGAGACCUGAUGAACCUUUAACAGUUAAUACACCUGAAAUUCGGCAGUCAGCUGUUCCUUGGCACCCAUCCUUGGAGACUUUGACGAUGGAAAACCUCAACAAACAGAAGGAAACCGUAUUCAGCCUGGUGCAGGUGAAGGGGACGUGGAAACGCAAAGCAGGGCACAAUGUGAAGCAAGGAAUGAAAGGACGAGUUUCAGCUGCUAAAAUUUACGAAAGCACCUCCUCUAGUGGCACCACCUGGACAGUGGUCACCCCCAUCACCUUCACAUAUACAGUUACUCAGACCAAAAACCUUCUUGACCCCAGCAAUGACACUCUGCUUUUGGGCCACAUCAGAGACACUGAGCAGCUUGAGGCCGUACGGUCCAGCACCAAGCCCUUAAAACGCUUCAUAGUCAUGGAUGAGGUAGUGUACAAUCUCUAUGGUUCUCAGGUCACCGACUACCUCGAGGCCAGACACGUCCUGUACCGGAUCCUGCCCCUGCCCACAACGGAGGAGAACAAGUCCAUGGAAAUGGCUCUGAAGAUCCUGGAGGAAGUUCACCAGUUUGGUAUCGACCGGCGCACGGAGCCCAUCAUUGCCAUCGGCGGUGGGGUCUGCCUGGAUAUCGUGGGUCUCGCAGCGUCCCUCUACAGAAGGCGCACUCCAUACAUUCGUGUUCCCACCACCCUUCUGUCCUACAUCGAUGCUAGUGUCGGAGCAAAGACGGGCGUGAAUUUUGCAAACUGCAAGAAUAAGCUAGGCACCUACAUCGCACCUGUCGCUGCAUUCUUGGACCGGUCGUUUAUACAGACAAUUCCUCGCAGGCACAUAUCUAAUGGUCUUGCAGAAAUGCUGAAGAUGGCUCUCAUGAAGCACAGAGGGCUGUUUGAACUUCUGGAAACGCAGGGACAGUUCCUGUUAGACUCCAAGUUCCAGUCCGCUAAGGUCUUAGAAGACGACUGCAUUGACCCUGCUUCUGUUUCCACCCGUGUCGCUAUAGAAACCAUGUUGGAAGAAUUAGCUCCAAACCUGUGGGAGGAUGAUCUUGACAGACUGGUCGACUUCGGUCACCUGAUCAGCCCCGAACUAGAGAUGAAAGUCCUACCAGCUCUACUCCAUGGUGAAGCAGUGAAUAUUGACAUGGCGUACAUGGUGUAUGUGGCACGCGAGAUGGGGUUGCUCACAGAGGACGAGAAGUUCAGGAUCGUCUGCUGCAUGAUGGGAAUGGAGCUGCCGGUUUGGCAUCAAGACUGCACUUUUGCUUUGGUGCAGAAAUCUCUAAGUGACAGACUACAGCAUUCUGGAGGACUCGUGAGAAUGCCUUUACCAACAGGCCUCGGAAGAGCAGAAAUCUUCAACGACACUAAUGAAGACACUCUGUUCCGAGCGUAUGAGAAGUGGUGCGAUGAGCUCAGCACUGGUUCACUUCAAUGAGGUCACCUCACAGAUGAUCUGACACCAAUGUUUACAUAUGGGGAAUCCUCUUAGCUUUAACAAUUUCUACUUGUGUACUAUUCUAUGACAGCUUCUAUUUCUUUUUUAUUUUGUAUACAGAAAACAUCAUGUACAUCAUGGGCAUUUAAGUGUUUUACAUUUAAAACAAUUGCUUUUCAUUACUGUUAAUGCCAUUUUUGUAAAUGGCCGUGAAUAGAGGAAGGCUGACUUGAUAUGUGAAGAUCUUUCUAUAGUUGUGUUAAAGGGGGUUCUUUACGACCAUUUCAUAUUAGAUAAAGGGACAUUUCGGUUAAUCAUGAAAUCAUGUAUUAAAGCUAAUAAAGUCUACCUAAUGUGUUUGAUGUAAUGCAUGCAAGUUUAUAAUAAACAAUGCAUUUAUUAACAACAA